ACAUCACAUUGGGUUGCCUCCACUCCAUAUCGUUGUUGAUCGGGCGUUGCGGUGGUUUGGCUUGGAGUAUCUGGGUGCGACUCGAAUCGCAUAAAUAGCAUCGACCGCAUUAGUUGCGCUUUGUGUGCGACGAAAUGAGCAAACGAUGCAAAUCUACUAGCGAACAACGAGACCGGCUAUGGAUGCUGGAACUAAUGAUCAACAGGAAAUGUGAGUGCCAGCUCCGACGAUAACAUUCUCGAUCUCUGGCGUGGCUCGUUUGUUGAAUGGGGAAAAACUUAUUGCUGGGGCUUUUCAUCGCAAUAAAACUAUCUCAAUUCUCAGAUCGGAUCUCAAUAUUAACACUGUCCAUUGCGUCUUCACGCUUCAUGGAGCAGUUGGUCAAAAAAUAUUCACGUUACACAAUAUUUCGCAUGCGUUGGUGUGAUAAAUAAAAAUUUAUUGUUUAACAAUCAAAUUUUUCACGAAAUUCAGACGGAUUUGCAGGAAACUGCCUACUUGCAGGCGUUGAAUGCGGCUCGUAGCGAACUGAAUCUUUUUUUUUUAUUGUUAACGUUCGUAAUUCGCUUCCAUAGAUUCCUCCAGGAAUAUCUCUACGAUUCUUCCAGGGAUUUCCUUUGGUACUGCUUUAUGCAUUUCUCCACGUAUUUAUUAUGGAAUUUCUCUCAGGAUUCCUUCAGGCAUCCACUAUGGGAAUUCUCUAAACAUUCAAACAGAGAUUCUAUUGAGAUUCCUUUCAGUUGGAAUUUCUGGAGAAAGGCCAAGACGAGCUCCUGGAGGAAUUCUGUUAGAAAUUUCUGGGGGAAUACUUGUAAAAUAUCUCUGAAUGAAUUCCAGGAUGAGGUCUUGGGAAAAUCUCCGAAUGAAUUUCUGAAAGAAUCCUAGGAAGACUGCCCGAAAGCAUCGCAGCAAGAAUGCCAAGAGAAAUACCUCGAAGAUUCCUUGAGGUAUAUCAGUAAUAGUUUCUAGAGGAGUCCUAAGAUGAAUUGCCGGAAGAACCACAGCAGGAAUAGCUUGUGGAAUCCCAGCUGGAAUCCUUUGGGGAAAGCCAAGAGAAAUCCCUUGGGUAAAUUUUUUGAGGGAAUUCGUGAUAGAAUUACCGGAAAAACUUCUGGAAGGGCCCUACGAAGAUUUUCUCCCAGCAAGAAUUCCUGCAUGAAUCCCAGGAGAAAUUCCUAGAAUAUUUUCGGGUUGGAAUUCACAGUAUCAGAGACGAAUGCCCCAGAGGUAAAGUCUCUCUAAACAAAAAAAAAAAAAAAAAAAAAAAAAAUAGAGGGGCGUGUACAAGACACAACCGCAUGACGUAAACUACGUAAAGUAGUUUGUCAUUGGUUGAAUCAAUAGCUUGAAUCAAUAGUUUGAAUCAAUAAAAAUAAUCAUAUCAUAAGACACAAGGUAAAUUCUGCAAGUUUGAGAAUUCCGGUAUUGGAAAUAAUUACAAAAUAGUUUGAACUUGUACCGACUUUUCGAACUCUCUAAGCAGAAUACCCUCUUCAAAUGAGUUUGUACCUUUUAAUUCCGCCCUAUUUUGCUUAUCCUUUGACAGAUACGCGUAUCGACUACCACUUGUAAUCUUCCUCAGUGUCAGUUAUCCACAGUUUGAAGCCUAAGCGAAGCCGGCGGAAAUUCCUUAUACACUGCGUUGAUGGUAGCGCAAGAAGAAAGCGCACUCGCUAGAUUCAGAGACACGACCAGAUGAAAAGACACGGUUUAAUUUCCGCACAAUGCUGUUGCAUUUUGAUUAGUAUACUAUAGUAGGUUUCAAAAUUCGGCAGUUUUGUCACUUAUGUGACCAGCGUCACUUUAUCGGAAAAUCUACCAUUUACUCUUUCAGAAAAUUGAUAAAGCCCUUGAAAAGGCUGUUCGAACCAGAAUGUAGUCAAAUUAUUUCACGUGAGUUCAACAAAUUUCAUUGUUUUGGCAGCAAAAGUCAGAACAGCGUCGAGGCUUUGUCUUAGGACGUCCAUAAGAAGAAGAAGAAGUAGAAGAAUUGGUUUGAUAGAUAGAAGAAGAAUUAGUUUGACGAGAGAGGGGUAAGAAUCAGUAAUGCCAUACAGCUUACUUUGCAAUCAAACAGAUCAAUCAAAAAUGCAAAUCAUUAAGCUUUUGCUAUAUGGAAUUGCCUAUCACGCUCAAAAAUCCGUUCUGAUUUUUGUGAACAAAAAAUCAUGGCAACUGGAACAGUCCGUCAACUUGGUUUCGUGAUAUAAAUCAUAUUUUCGUGAUUUAUUGCAACUCCUUUCUUCGAACAUGUUCUCGAAUCUAGGAUCAAAAGAUCAUAUCUGUUUCCUGUCAUCAACAAACUCGUUACAUUUCGGAAUGAUAGAACAGAGUUCUUGUUUUCGUGAUAAUGAAAUUCCGUGCGCGUGAUUUUGUGCUCGAUAACGGGAACAAAUUCCACGACUAUUUGGAGCUGUCACUUUCUGUAACGCAUCGAUGAAGAAAAAUAAAAAAAAAUAAACGGAUCAUCAUCAAACAAGACGUGGUGUGCAACCUUCUCAAACAGGAAAUACUAGCUCCUAUGCACGUCGAAAUGUUCUGGCAGACUCAUCAGAUUGCAGAAGAGACGAUUGUCAUCUGUGCUGAAAUCACCUUCAAACAACCGCAAGCAUUGACCUGGUUAAUGCAGUGAAAAUGCUGAAAAUUCUAUUUCCUGUACGUGGGAAUGUGCCAGUGAUCAGCGACCUCGUUUUCCUCGUGAAAAUCCAGCCAGGACUCAGGAGGAGCAGCCUCCUCAUUUGCUAUUCCGACUCCCGGAGACCGAUGGUGCAUAUCUUGUGAUGCUUGGCUGGCGGUUUCGCAAAUUUUCUACCAGAUGAAGCUGGAACGGAACGCUUCAGGCGAUCGAGGGAUUAGCAUAGUCUCGGAAUCGAUUCUACCACUACGAUAAUCAUUUGCCGUCUUCCAAAAUGACAACAGUGAUUCAUAGUGAUAAAUAAAACAUGAUUGUGAACAUAGACCCACCAUAAAUUUGUUUAAAGAAUAGAGAUUAAAGUGAUCUUUUAAUAAAAUGUCUCUGGAAUCGAGCAAUUUUUAGCACUUUUCAUGGAGGGUGGGUUCAGGAACAAAUUUACAAUUGCAUGGUUUUUGUUCAGGCGGCGUACAUUGCUUUUGCGCAGACCGUGAACUAAGUUCUCGGUGCCGUGAUUGAAAUCACGGCUACAAGAACACAGUUCCUGAUCCCGUGAUUUUUAUUCUGCUGGGCCUGUCGAUCUGUUGCAGACCAUGAACUAUGUUCCCAGAGCCGUGAAUAUGAAUCACGGCUUCUGGAACACAAAUCACGUUCUUAUAAUGUUUGUUCUGCAAUUGUUGUUCGUCAGGCGUUACUCAGACGUUACGUACAUGGUGUGGAACAAAUUUCGCGGUAUCGUGAUUUUAAAUCACGGUGUAUAUUGCACAGUUCACACUCAAUUGGACUACACAGUUUGAAACUGCAACCUGCAUAAGUGUGAUUUACAAGUGUGAUCUGUCAAAUUUGAUAGAUCCGUUGACAGCUCGAAAUAUCAACACAUUGUUUUGAUUAACAAUUGGCUCGCGUUGUUGGAAUAAUUAUUUAGUUAAUAUUUAUAGUUUUUUAUUCGACAAUAGAAAUGGCCAACGGCAACAUAAUCCUUCGGAAUGUGCAGCAUAAACGAGCUUCCACUAAUACCCGAUUCCAUUGCCUAUAUGGCUAUUAUUUUCUCGGCCUUACAAGAGCACAGUUGGCGAUAAUUUACCGAAAAAGCAAAACCACUGUGACCAACUGGAUUUCCGCAUACGAAGAAAAUGGACUUGUGACUUCCAAGCAGCGGCAGCAGAUACACCGUAAAUUCUCCGCUGAACAGCGGCAAUGGAUACUCGCACUCUACCAGAAGAACCCAGUGCUAUAUCUUGAUGAAUGUCGUGACCUCUUCCAACAUCAGUUUAAUAGAAGAAUAAGCGGAGCAACGGUUUGUAGAAUCCUUCAUGCCGAAGGACUGACCUGGAAGGCAUUGGAACGCAGGGCGAUCCAGAUAAAGGAAGAAGAGAUUCUGCGAUUCUGUUCCGAAAUGAAUUCUUUCGAAUGGGAUAUCUACAUGCUUGUGUUCCUGGAUGAAGUAUCGCUGGAUAACAAAGGAGUUCUAAGGAAUAGAGGAUACGGAGCAAAAGGAAAAAGGUUAAUUUUUCGAGGGGAGUUCGUGCGGCGUCCAAGGGCAUCAUUUUUAUGUUUCUUGGGGCUUCAUGGUAUUCUUGAUAGUUUCGAAACAGAGGGAACGUUUACGCGAAAGAUAUUUUUUGAUUGCUGUCGAGAAUUUGCCCUCCGUAAUGACAAGGUCAACCGUUACCCUGGAUACAAUUCAGUUUGGAUUAUGGAUGGCGCUCGGAUCCACUGUGAUCCAAAUAUAAUAUUGUAUCUACGUUCAAUUGGAAUUAUUCCAGUAUUUUUACCUCCAUAUUGUCCGUUUUUUAAUCCGGUGGAGAUAAUUUUCGGAAUUGCCAAAUCUCGCAUCAAAAAAAUGUAUCCUGAAAAUUCUAAUGCCAAUAUGUCUCAUUUGGCAUUAGAAACAUUUAUGGGCUUGGAACACCAUGACUGUACGCGUCUAUACAAAAAAUGUGGCUAUUUUUCUGGCGGCUUUUUUGAUCCCUCAGGCGGAAUGACAAAUAAAGAAUGUGCUGAAUGAUAUGAUAAAGAUGAUCUCUAAAGAUCAUCUAAAUCCCCAAGCAAUGUAAUUUCAGUGUGUUUUCUCUAUUGGCUAUAAUGAAUAAAUAAUCAUUUGAUAAAAAAGUACAUCGUUUAUUAAAACCAAUUUUGUCCCAUACACAAGCCUCGACACAAACAUGAUCACAAAUGAUCAACAUCAUUCAUAUCCGAGACAUUCUCCGCUAGAGAACGGCUGACUUCAUCCUCCUCCGGCUUAAUCGAAUCUUGCAUUGCUGUAACAAUACCGGAAUUGGUAGAGCAUCUGGUUUGUAGUGAUUGAAUCCGGUGCUUAAUGCGUUGACCCAAGGUAAGCAAUUCAUUCACCUCGCUUUCCAGUGUCGAAAGGUCCGUCGAAAAUGCAUCAUUUAUUGUUCGAGCAACCGACAGUCCACUACGAGCGCUUUCGAGCUGGACUGCCUCCGAGAUUGGUACUGAUCGAAAGAAUUUGAUGACGGAAUGCGGUGGUAAAUCAUUCAUUCGGCGUUCACGUUCAUGUGCAGGAACAGAAUGUAGGUAGUUCGCCCAGAUUUUCCAGGAACUGGCAUGUCCGCUGAAGUGUGCUCCAUGGAUGUCUCGUAGUUGGUUGGCCAAUGCUGUCAGAGAUUGAUUAUUUGGAGCUCCCGCACGAUCGCUGUUCUGAAACCGAAUCAGCUGUCGAUCAACCAAUUCCCACAGCUGCUUGCAUGAUACUGCGGUCGAGUAAACGUGAACAUGCACCCGAAUUUCCUUCGACCGCCAACUGAUCAACAGUUUGCUAUCCACUUUGUCAACAUUGACACGUCUACGAUUCGCGUGGUUCUGUAGGUACACGAACUUUCCUAGGUCGCCAAGUGUUGGCUCAUCAUUGGCCCAACAAGGAACUUGGAGUCCAUUGUCAUCUUCGAAGGUAACUUCUUGCUUGAUAACUGGUUUCACAAUACUCCAUAUUCCUUGCAAAAUUUCAUCGACGCUGUUCCCGUAAAUUAUCUCCGAUGCAAACUUGGCCCCAGAAGUCUCUCCGACAAA